AUGGCACCAACGCAACAGAAUAUGGCCGCCGUUUGCUAUGGGCGGAACGAUCUGCGCCUGGUGCCGAUCGCAAUGCCCGAGCCCGCCUUCAACGAGGUCGUGCUCGAGGUGGACAGCUGUGGCAUUUGCGGUACGGAUGUGCACUUCCUGAAGGAGGGCGGCUUCGGCGAACAGAAGCUGAUCCGUCCGCUGGUGCUCGGCCACGAGUCGGCCGGUGUAGUGCGCAAGGUGGGCAGUGCCGUGACGCACCUGAAGGUAGGCGAUCGGGUCGCCAUCGAGCCGGCGGCCGGCUGCCGUACGUGCGAUCUGUGCAAGGUGGGCAAGUACAACAUCUGCCUGAACGGGAAGCACUGUCCGACGAAGAACCACGAUGGCAACUGUUCGAACUUCUUCUCCCACUAUGCGGACUGUUGCUUCAAGCUGCCGGACCACGUGACAAUGGAGGAGGGCGCACUGCUCGAACCGCUGGCCGUUGGGGUGUAUGCGGGUCGGCGGGCGGACAUUCGGCUGGGCAGCCGGGUCGUUAUUUUCGGUGCCGGAGCGAUCGGGCUGAUCUCGCUGGUGGUGGCGAAAGCGAUGGGCGCUACCCGCACGGUAGUGCUCGAUCUGGCCCGUGCCCGUGUGCGGCUGGAAGCGGCCAAGAAGCUUGGUGCUACGGCCGUCAUACCGAUUGGCGAGAAGGAUAGUGAGGAUGAGCUGGUGAAGCGCAUACAGGAGGCGCUGGGCGGACCGGCGGAUCGUGCGCUGGAGUGCACCGGCUCCGAGCCGGGCAUGCGUACGUCCAUCAGGGCGACACGCAACGCCGGCAUUGUGUGUUUGGUGGGUUUGGGCAAUGAAGAGGUGCGGCUGCCGAUGGUGGAUGCAAUUUCGCGCGAAGUUCAAAUCAUUACCGUAAUGCGGUACAAUCAUGACUAUCCGGCUGCGCUAGAAAUCGUGUCCAGUGGGUAUGUGGAUGUGAAGCCGCUGGUGUCGCACCAUUUUGGCUUGAAAGACGUUAACGAAGCCUUCCGGGUGGCCGCCGCUGGUGAAGGAUUGAAGGUGAUGGUGCAUCUGACUCCGCGCGAUAGCAACAAUCCCAAGAAGUUCGUAAACUGAGAAGAGAUGCGAGCGUGGACAAUAAAUUUAAGCGGUCUUGGAGAGCUUUAAUAAAAACUUGGGGUUGAAAUCUUA